AUGUCGGUAGAGGCGGUUGUCAAGCAGGUGGAUGGCGAUGCUCUCGAGGCAGCUAUCAAGGGGGACAAGCUCCUCGUUUGUGAUUUCUUCGCAACUUGGUGCGGCCCCUGUAAGUCGCUCGCUCCCAAAUUAGACGCAAUGGCAAAGGAGAAUGAAAAGGUCAUCUUCGUAAAGCUCGACGUCGAUGAGUGUCAGGAUGUUGCGGAGAAGUAUCGAGUUACCGCCAUGCCUACUUUGAUUGUAUUUAAGAAUGGGUGUGAAAUCGGUCGUGUUGUCGGAGCCAAUGAGGCUGGCAUUAGAGAACUCAUCCAGGCAAACGCCUGA